AACUUAUAAUAAACGAUUUAACGAAUGUCAUCUAAAUAUCAAAAGAGCAAUUAACAACAAUUCAGAUUUUACUACCGAAAGCCGAAAUUUAAGUUUAAAAAAUGAAGAGAAACAAGGUCUAGCUCAGUAUGUGCGAGGUCUUCGCUCAAGUAUUAAAUUAUUCGUCAAAGCCGGAAAACCGUCAACGAUCAGAGAAGCUCAGAAUUUAGCUUUAGAGACCGAAAAAGAAGAAGAAAUAUCGCGAGUCGUCUAUAAAAAACCUAACUUUGAAAACAAAAGAAACCCUAAUCCAAACAAAUCCAAUAACGCUACCAAGACAAAUCAAGAACAUUUCAAAUCAAACACACAGCGAAUUACAACAGACAACAAAAAACGAUUUCCGUGUCACGGAUGCGGUAGCUUAGAACACUUUAUAAGAGAUUGUCCGCGAAAACCAUCGAGCUCAAAUUUUCCAUCUCGCCAACAACCAAACGUACCGAACCCUAUCAAGUAUACCGAAUGUCGAGAAAUUCACGGAACCCAGGAGCAAGCUUCAUGCUUAGAGUCAACAGCAAAUUCGGACAACGAUCUCAUUCAAUCUUGGCAGACACAGGGGCAGCAGUAAACGUGAUUAAGCUCAAAUGUACUUCGGGUUUAAAAGUUAGAAAAACAUCCGCACAAUUAAUCGGUAUCAAUAAUACGCCUGUAAACUGCAACCAAGAAUGUAAAAUUGAUGUAGAUGGUGUAGAACAUAUAUUUUUAGUGGUCCCAAAUAAUUUUCCACUAGAAGAAGACGGGAUCGCCGGUCGACCUUUCCUUGAAAAAAAAGAUGCUAUUAUACUAGCGAAACAGAAAAAAAUUAUUUUUAAUCGGAAGAUUCCACAGGCACAAAUUUUCAAGUUUAAUUGCAAUUAUUCAAAACCCAGAAGUAACCUUUUAAAAGGUAACACUCGCAUCAAUCAUAUUCUUAAUGAAAAGGAAAGAAAUCAACUUUGGGAUAUUAUAGAUUCUUAUCAAGACGUUUUUUAUUUACCAGGUGAUUCACUUCCAUGUACUAAUUUAGCUGAGCAUAUUAUAGAAACCAUGGAUGAGGUACCAAUUAAUGUCAAACAGUAUCGAUACCCACCAGGUCAAAAUGAGGAAAUCCUGAGACAAGUUCAAGAAAUGAAAGAGAAAGGAGUCAUUCGAGAAUCAAAUUCGCCGUACAACUCACCGCUCUGGGUAGUCCCAAAAAAACAGAUGCUUCAGCCUUAGAUUUAGCUAGUGGGUUCCACCAGAUCCCGAUGCGGAGAAAAGACAGCCCAAAAACAGCAUUUAGCACACAACAUGGCCAUUACGAGUUCGUAAGGAUGCCAUUUGGCUUAAAAAACAGCCCUGCUACAUUCCAGAGGACCAUGGAUGAUGUUUUGAGAGGAUUGAUUGGUAAAAAUUGCUUUGUAUAUCUCGACGAUGUCGUCAUAUAUGGCAAUACACUGGAAGAACACAACUCAAAUUUACGCACCUUCUUACAAAGAAUGAGGGAAACAAACCUGAAACUGCAGCCUGAUAAAUGAUCCUUCUAAUUAGUAUCGCCAGAAUUAAGGCUAAAAACUACGAAGAAACAGAAUUCUCUGUUUUGCCAAACAUCUAUAUGGAGUACUUGGGAGAAGUCAGAUUCUUUCACGAAACAUACAAUAUCAUCUCAUAUUUCAAUUUGGAUGAGUUAACGGUUGAAGAAUCAGAAAUUUUAAAAAGCCUGAACUUUGUUGAUUAUCACUGCGCCAAAAACUGCAGCGAAACAGGUUUAAUUAAAAAAUUAUACAGCCAGUUCGAAACCAUUAGACAAGAUAAGUACAAGCUUUUUUCAGCAAUAGGCGUACCUAAUUUAAUCCGACAAAAACGUGGUAUAUUCGAUUUUGUUGGAAAAAUAAGUAAAAUACUUUUUGGAACCAUGAGCGAAGAUGAUGCGACUUAUUACAAUUCAGAAAUAGAUGCUGUUCAUAAAGACAAUAAAAGAAUUGGAGAACUAUUUAGAAAUCAAACAUAUAUUUUACAACUGACUCUUCAAAAAACUGAACAAUCUUUAAAAGACAAUGAUAACAAACUAGCUCAAAUAAAUUCGAAUUUUCAAAAUAUUGACAAAAAUAUUCAAAUAUUGGCAGAAAAAGAGGAAAUAAUUGAAAGAAAUUCAUUAAUUACGGAAACUUGUUUAGAAAUAGAAUUAGCUUUAAUCGAGUUUAACAGAAAUGUUGGUAUGUUUAUUCAAGCAAUAAUUUUUGCAAAAUUUGGUCAAAUAAACCCUCAAUUACUAACACCAGAUUCGCUCAUGAGUUCAAUAAAGUUAAUUAGAGACGAAAGGGGAGCUAACGAAAUGCCUAUUGUAAUUCAAAAUGGCAACUAUUUCGAAUAUUUAGAAGUAAGUGAAAUUACCAUAAGUGUAAUAGAAUAUAGAUUUGUUUAUAUUAUUAAAAUACCUAUUUUAGAGAUUGGGGACUACAAAGCAUACAGAACAAUCCCAGCUCCAAAAUUGAUAAAAAGUAACUUGUUAGCAUACAUAUCAAAUCCGCAUGAUUACAUAAUUACAAAUAAUGAAAAACUACUGUACACACCCAGUGACGAACACUUUCUUAACACUUGCAAAAAACACAAAUCACAUCAUUUUUGUAGAACAAUACAUCCUAAAUACUAUAUUCAAUCACAUGAUACAUGCUUAAGCAAAAUUGUAAAUGAACCGACGAAAAUAAAUAAAAACGAUUGUGAUAUUAAAAUGAUUACAACAAAACAAACCAUUUGGGUACAAUUUAAAAGUAAUAAUAGAUGGUUAUACUCAGCACCAACGCCACAAAGCAUAAAAAUUAUAUGCGAUGACACUGUAGAGAAUAAAAUAAUAAACGGAACAAAAAUUUUAUGGAUUUCACCCGGUUGUAGUGCCGUAUCUAAUGAUGUUAUAUUAAAUUCACACAUUGAAAAAAAUUAUGAUAAUAAUAAAGCAUUUAUUCCAAUCAUAACUUAUAAUUUUAGUGAACAUUUUCAAUUAUUCGAUGAUCCAUCUUUGAAUCUGAGCUUAAUAAAAAUUCAUACAAUAGAAACCCCCGAUGUAAAAAUAGAAGAUUUAACUAAAUAUGGCACUAAAUUGAGUGAAAUCAGUAGAGAAGCGAUAGAAAUUGGUAACCAUGAAAGAACACAAACUACUUAUGAAAAAUUUAUAAAUUGGGGUACUUAUGUUCUGUAUGCAUUAGUUGUACUAGUAAUACUAUUCUUAAUCAAUAAAUUUAAAAUUUUUAAGAUGAUUAAAGAAUUAAGAAAUGGAGUCUAUGACCUUUGUUGUACAUAUUCAAAGAAAAAGAAACUUAACAAAAAAUAUCAUUCGAAUAACGAGCUUCCUAUGGGGGCAAUAAAUCAUGCUAACUCUAUCUCGUCAGAAUUAAAUUACCAUAUAGAUAAUUUUCGACAGAAUCAUCAACUACAUGAACAAAGAAACAAGGUACAAAGGUCAAAACUCCGAAUAUCAGAAUUCGAAGACAUAGCUCAUAAUUAAGUACUAUGAAAAAUCAGUUUAUAAGAAGAUUUUUCAGUCUAAGGGUAGGGGUGUUAUGCCCAAGUCUUAAUAUGUACUUCUAUUAUUAUAAUUUUUGCUGACAGUGAUAUUCUUACGCCUGCACUUAGUCGUAGCACGACUUUAUCUUUGUUUUUUCUCAUGGCGUAACAAUACCACUGUUCAAUUUAUCUUAUGAUAUGAAACAUCUAUUGUAGUUAUAUAGUAUUAUCUUGAUAACUCUGUACUUAUGAAUUAAUUAUAUGAUUUUUAAUGUGGUAUCAUUACUGAAUUUGUAAUCCUGAAACCGAAUGGAAUCUAAACAAUAACAUUUUUAUAUUAAAUAUUAUAAGAUUAUCAAUAAACAAUUGG